AUGCUAAAUCUCUGUCCAUCUAUUCCACAGAUUACCGCGCUCUCGGGCUGUAAUCUCGAUGCUAUCCAUGAUGUGACAGUGGCCUACCCUUACAACAUCCCGCAGUCUGAGAGGGACCUAUUCACUGGCAACUUCCCCAGAGAGAUUCACUUCCACAUCCGGCGUUACCCAGCAGACCAGCUGCCCACCUCCAUUGAUGGCCUGAAGGAGUGGUGCUGCCUGCGCUGGUUUGAGAAGGAAAAAUUACUGCGUGCUUACUACCAGGGCAGCCAUUCAUUCAGCGACCUGAUUCCGACUUCCAGCCCAGUCCCAGAGCAAAGCCCCGUCCAGGAGGAGAGCCCAGUCCAGGAGCAGAGUCCAAGUCGGCAUGAGGUUCCCAGGAAAGUUCCCAUCUGGGGCAGGGGCUACGUUCAGAGCAAGGGCCAAAGUCGGGUUUUACUCCACAGCUCAGCUCUGAGCUGGAGUCGCAGGCAGGAGCAGGUCAGCGGGGCACAGCUUCGUGCACCCCUGCCUCCCUGCAAGUCCAGGGGUCGGGUCUUCCUCAUCAAGUUCUUCUCUAUCAUCUACUGGACUUUUUUUGUGAUUGGCAUCUUUGUGCUCAUCUGGUCGUACACCCUGGCACGGUGGUACUUUGCCAGUGUGGCGAUCUUCUUCAUAGCACAGGAGAAGAUUGCUGGGGGCUGUGAGAUCAUGGAGGUAGCUCUGCACAAUCGUAAACCCUCCCAGCGAUGGAAACAGAGCUGCAACCAUCGAGAAUGACACAGACAAAACCCUCUCCGUCUGGCUCAUCCUAAGGAUUCUCCCAUUGAUCCAGCCAAUGACAGGGCAUUUCCAUCACAGAGACAGAAGAAAAGAUGGACACAGCUGGUGCAGAUCGUUAGAUCUCUGAGAAGUCCAGGUCUGGUGUUGCACAGCGUUUCGGCCUGCUUUCAAACAUAGGCUGAUCGGCACUGUGCCAGGAGCUGACUGGUUGGUAGCUGCCUCGUUUCAUACAUCCUCAGCAGGAACCCGUGUCAUCCACAUCUUCGCCCAACCACUGGGUGAGACUCAGGGUCAUUCAGUCAUUAGGAAGGCAAUAAUAUUCCUGUACUACACUGAAUAUGUCAGUGUCAGUGGUACCCGUCCGCCAGUGAGAGUCAGUGUGUGUGUGCGACUGUACCCCAGUGAGAGUCAGUGUGUGUGUGGGACUGUACCCCAGUGAGAGUCAGUGUGUGUGGGACCGUACUCCAGUGAGAGUCAGUGUGUGUGUGGGAGUGUACCCCAGUGAGAGUCAGUGUGUGUGGGACCGUACUCCAGUGAGAGUCAGUGUGUGUGUGGGACUGUACCCCAGUGAGAGUCAGUGUGUGUGUGGGACUGUAUCCCAGUGAGAGUCAGUGUGUGUGGGAGUGUACCCCAGUGAGAGUCAGUGUGUGUGGGACCGUACUCCAGUGAGAGUCAGUGUGUGUGUGGGACUGUACCCCAGUGAGAGUCAGUGUGUGUGUGGGACUGUACCCCAGUGAGAGUCAGUGUGUGUGUGGGACUGUACCCCAGUGAGAGUCAGUGUGUGUGUGGGACUGUACCCCAGUGAGAGUCAGUGUGUGUGUGGGACCGUACCCCAGUGAGAGUCAGUGUGUGUGUGGGACUGUAUCCCAGUGAGAGUCAGUGUGUGUGGGAGUGUACCCCAGUGAGAGUCAGUGUGUGUGGGACCGUACUCCAGUGAGAGUCAGUGUGUGUGUGGGACUGUACCCCAGUGAGAGUCAGUGUGUGUGUGGGACUGUACCCCAGUGAGAGUCAGUGUGUGUGGGACCGUACUCCAGUGAGAGUCAGUGUGUGUGUGGGAGUGUACCCCAGUGACAGUCAGUGUGUGUGUGGGAGUGUACCCCAGUGAGAGUCAGUGUGUGUGUGGGACUGUAUCCCAGUGAGAGUCAGUGUGUGUGUGGGACUGUACUCCAGUGAGAGUCAGUGUGUGUGUGGGACUGUACCCCAGUGACAGUCAGUGUGUGUGGGAGUGUACCCCAGUGAGAGUCAGUGUCUGUGUGGGACUGUACCCCAGUGAGAGUCAGUGUGUGUGGGACUGUACCCCAGUGAGAGUCAGUGUGUGUGUGGGAGUGUACCCCAGUGAGAGUCAGUGUGUGUGUGUGUGGGAGUGUACCCCAGUGAGAGUCAGUGUGUGUGUGGGACUGUACCCCAGUGAGAGUCAGCGUGUGUGUGUGUGGGAGUGUACCCCAGUGAGAGUCAGUGUGUGUGUGGGACUGUACCCCAGUGAGAGUCAGUGUGUGUGUGGGACUGUACCCCAGUGAGAGUCAGUGUGUGUGUGUGGGAGUGUACCCCAGUGAGAGUCAGCGUGUGUGUGUGGGAGUGUACCCCAGUGAGAGUCAGUGUGUGUGUGGGAGUGUACCCCAGCAAGAGUCAGUGUGUGUGUGGGGCCCCAUACCCCCAUGAGAGUCAGUGUGUGUAUCUGGGACUGUACCCCGGUGAGAGUCAGUGUGUGUGUGUGUGGGACUGUACCCCAGUGAGAGUCAGUGUGUGUGUGGGACUGUACCCCAGUGAGAGUCAGUGUGUGUGGGACGUACCCCAGUGAGAGUCAGUGUGUGUGUGGGAGUGUACCCCAGUGAGUGUGUGUGUGUGUGUGGGAGUGUACCCCAGUGAGAGUCAGUCUGUGUGGGACUGUACCCCAGUGAGAGUCAGUGUGUGUGUGUGGGACUGUACCCCAGUGAGAGUCAGUGUGUGUGUGGGACUGUACGCCAGUGAGAGUCAGUGUGUGUGUUUGGGAGUGUACCCCAGUGAGAGUCAGUGUGUGUGUGUGUGUGUGUGUGUGUGUGUGUGUGUGUGUGUGUGGGAGUGUACCCCAGUGAGAGUCAGUGUGUGUGUGGGAGUGUACCCCAGCAAGAGUCAGUGUGUGUGUGGGGCCCCAUACCCCCAUGAGAGUCAGUGUGUGUAUCUGGGACUGUACCCCGGUGAGAGUCAGUGUGUGUGUGUGUGGGACUGUACCCCAGUGAGAGUCAGUGUGUGUGUGGGACUGUACCCCAGUGAGAGUCAGUGUGUGUGGGACGUACCCCAGUGAGAGUCAGUGUGUGUGUGGGAGUGUACCCCAGUGAGUGUGUGUGUGUGUGUGUGGGAGUGUACCCCAGUGAGAGUCAGUCUGUGUGGGACUGUCCCCCAGUGAGAGUCAGUGUGUGUGUGUGGGACUGUACCCCAGUGAGAGUCAGUGUGUGUGUGGGACUGUACGCCAGUGAGAGUCAGUGUGUGUGUUUGGGAGUGUACCCCAGUGAGAGUCAGUGUGUGUGUGUGUGUGUGUGUGUGUGUGUGUGUGGGACUGUACCCCAGUGAGAGUCAGUGUGUGCGUGUGGGACUGUACCCCAGUGAGAGUCAGUGUGUGUGGGACUGUACCCCAGUGAGAGUCAGUGUGUCGGUGAGACUGUACCCCAGUGAGAGUCAGUGUGUGUGUGGGAAUGUAUCCCAGUUAGAGUCAGUGUGUGUGUGGGACUGUACCCCAGUGAGAGUCAGUGUGUGUGUGGGACUCUACCCCAGUGAGAGUCAGUGUGUGUGGGACUGUACCCCAGUGAGAGUCAGUAUGUGUGUGUGUGGGAGCUGAAUCCAUGGAAACAUGGCCUUUAAUCUCAGCCUUUAACUGUCAAUUCUUGUGAAGGAGUGAAAAUUAUUGCCUGCUAAUGUAAUUGGGAAAACUGUCCAUUUGUAUUUUCAUGUUUGGAAGAGAUUCACUGGAGUGUUUUUAAAACUCCAUUGCCCUAAAUCUUUGUGUCGUGUCAUCAGUCGUUGUCCUGGGUGUAACCCGUCUACCGUCUACAUUGAACACUAUCUCUCUUUUUAAGCGAAAUUCUGAUGCUAAUAAAUUUAUUUUAGCUCUU